UGCCAAGUCAACAAACGUCACUUUUCUGCUUUUCUGUCAAAAGUACGUGUAUUUACACGGAAAUAGUGAGAAAAACACUCGCUGAAAAUGCUUAUGGUGUUGAUCGUGAUUGUCAACGAAUUUAGUCGCGCUGAUUUAAUGUGACUUACACUUUUCACAAAUUCAUCAUCAUGGACCCUGAUAUGAUAGCUCGUUUGGUUCCUGCUGGUAAAGAAACACUACGCCCUGCUUGCAAGAAGUGUGGAUACGCUGGUCAUUUGACCUUUCAAUGCAGAAACUUCAUCAAGAUCGACCCUAGUAAAGAAGUCGUUCUUGAUGUAAGCAGUACUAGCAGUGACAGCGAUUUGGAGUAUGAAACACCUUUGACUAAGUUACGCGAAGAGGAAUUAAAAGCAGCUAUGGCCAAAAUCAAAGAAAAAAAGAAGAAACGAAAGAAAAAGCUUAAGAAAGAAAAGAAACGCAGAGACAGGUCGCGAUCGAGGAGCUCCAGUUCAAGUGAUGAAGAUUCAGAUGAUAAGAGCAAGAAGGAACGGAAAUGGAAACAUGUAUCCACUGAUUCAAAGAGCGAAAGAGAAAGUAAGCGUGAUAAGAAGCACAAGAAACACAAAAAGCACCGUAGCAAGAGCAAAAAGAAGAAGAGGGACAGCUCUUCUUCCGAAUCCUCUGACUGAAAUGUGCAAAACAGUUUUAAUUUUUAACUCAAGAAUGUAUUUUUCUUUUGUAUUUUUAAUGUGAUUUCAAUACACAGUUUUUAUUUUAUAAAAUUAUUGACUUUUCCCUUCUUAUCAUUGAUUAAAUUUGGCACCAGCCUUGAAGUUUUA